AUGCAGCCACUCAGUCGCUCACACAGGAACGGUUAUCCCGUUCCUUUCUUCGGUUUGGCUCUUGUGUUACUGGUUUGCUUGAAUUCUCCCACCAGUUCCUGCACAGACCAGGAGAAGAGCUCCCUACUCCAGCUCCUCACUGGGCUCUCGAGCGAUGGUGGCCUCACAGCAUCGUGGCGAAUCGACACGGACUGUUGCACGUGGGAAGGGAUCACCUGCAACCAAGAUAGGACGGUCACUGAUGUUUCGCUGGCAUCUCGAGGCCUAAAGGGGUCCAUCUCACCGUUCCUUGGCAACCUCACUGGUCUUUUGCGCCUCAACCUGUCCCAGAACUCGCUGUCCGGUGGGUUGCCACUGGAAUUAGUGUCAUCCAGCAGCAUCCUCGUUCUUGAUGUCAGCUUCAACUGCCUGACAGGAGGCCUGAGUGAGUUGCCAUCUUCAACCCCUGCACGGCCUCUGCAGGUACUGAACAUCUCAAGUAACUGUUUUACAGGAAGGUUUCCAUCCACAACAUGGGAGGUGAUGAAGAGCCUGGUCGUGCUUAAUGCUAGCACCAACAGUUUCACUGGGCAGAUACCCACUACGCCCUGUGUUAGCGCGCCAUCUUUGCUGUGCUUGAACUCAGUUUCAACCAACUCAGUGGAAACAUCCCUCCAGGACUCAGUAAUUGCUUGGCGUUGA